GUCAAGACUGGAACCGAGCUAGCUUAAAAAAAAACUAAAUAACUCUUCGUAGGGACUUGCGUGAAGAAGUAUUUUCUACGUCGUGUCCACAACAGAUCAGUUUUCCUGUAGACCCAGGAAUAUCUUAGGCCUACGCCAUGAGUGGAAUGAGAACUAUGCUAACCACUGGAGCACUGGUCGGUGUAAUCGGCGUGGGCUACGGAAUGUGGGCAGUUAUAUCACCGGGAGAAGAAAGGAAAAGAGAGAUACUCAAGAAUCUGCCUGAGGCAAACCCUGUGAGGAUGGAGGAGACUCGGAGGAGGAACGCGCUGAUGAUGCAGGUUCUGAAGGAGGCUGCAGAGACCAAAGACAAUGUCGCCCGAGGAUUCGGGUCGUCAAAAUAAGAGACAGGGAAGACAAGUCUGUACUUUCAAAUAUAAAACUCACUCUAAAUGAGUUUGAUUUAAGGUAUCCGAGCCCGAGCUGCAUCAUUUACCAUACUCUGUGUGGUUUCCUGCACUUUCUUCUUUUUAAGAAGGAACUUGGUGCCUUUCAGAGUAACUGAAACUCAGUAAUGGAUCUUAGAACAUCAGUCAAGGUUUAUAAAAAGAAACCAUAUCUAAAAAAUAUGUCCACAGACACAGAAAUUAUACUCUCUGGAUAGGACAUAGAGAACAUAGAAAGACAAUGGUGUCCCAGACCCUUUAUUCUCUCAGACCUCUCUCUCCAUAAUACCCUGUGACACUGAGUGUAAAUAUUGCUGUUUUUUUGUGUGUGAAUACAACGACAUAAUUUAUUGUAAAAAUGUCACAUUGACACAUGUGGUGAGACUAUAUUGAAGUACAUUAAA